AUGUCUGCAAGUGCUUUGUCAGAGUGGCGCAAGCUGCCCUUAAGCUUGUCUGAGCUUUGUAUCAACACCACCUUACGAUGUGGUCAAUCAUUCAGAUGGCAGCAUAUCCCUGAGGAUGAGGAAUGGCGAUGUGUACUCUAUGGCCACCUGCUAUCCUUGAAACAAGACUCAAGCUGCUUGUAUUAUCGCUCCACCCGCCCCUCCCAAGUAUCGUCCGACAACAAUGAUAAUGAGCAUCUCACCCGCAUAAUCAAACAUUACUUCAACCUGACCCCGAAUCUGGGUGACCUCUAUACCCAAUGGUCAUCCAAUGACCCCAAUUUCAAGAAAAAAGCCGCACAAUUUACAGGAAUCCGCAUCCUUCGCCAAGAUGCAUGGGAGGCAUUGGUCUCCUUCAUAUGCAGCAGCAACAACAACAUUGCGCGUAUAUCGCAAAUGGUCGCGAAGCUAUGCACACACUAUGGAAACCCCGUGGCAACAAUUGAAGGCCGUUCGUAUCAUGAUUUCCCUCCCCCGGAGGCAUUGACAGGGAAGGACGUGGAGAGCAAUCUGCGCAAUCUAGGGUUUGGGUACCGUGCUCGGUAUAUUUACCAGACUGCUAUUAUGGUAUCUGAACGGGAGAAGGGCUGGUUGGAUAGUUUAAGCAAUCCCGAGUGCCCGGCUUUUGGUGUGGAACCAAAGCCCAGUGGUGAGAUGAGACCAGAGGGUCGAGAAGGGUACCGCGAAGCCCAUGAGAAGCUCCUUGAGCUUCAGGGUGUAGGACCCAAGGUCUCGGAUUGUGUUAGUCUGAUGGGAUUAGGCUGGGGAGAGUCAGUGCCGGUUGACACUCAUGUGUGGCAAAUUGCCCAGAGAGAUUACAAGUUCGCGAAAAGCUCGAACAAGACUUUAAACAAGACUACAUAUGAUGCCGUUGCCAAUCACUUCCGCAAGCUGUGGGGCAAAGAAGCUGGCUGGGCUCAUAGUGUACUCUUUACUGCGGACCUGCGGACCUUUGCAGAUAAACUUGCCGCUACGAAGAAGGUGGAUGUCCGUGUGAAAGAGGAAAAGACCGACGUGAAGAUUGAGACAACAGUAACCACUGGACUUGCUUUGAAACUGCCCAAAGAAGAAGACGUCAAAGAAGAAGAUGUCGAUGUGAAAGUCAAGGUCGAGGAUGUUGACCAGGCUAUAAAAACGCCCAAGAAGCGCAAAGCCGAUAUACUCCCCCCUGCUCAGACCACAGAGUUACGGAGAACGUCCAAGCGACUCAGGCGCUAG